CCUGACGGGAAGGAAAUGGCGGCCUUCACGCACAUCCGGGGCCCUUUCCUGCUGCUGGUCUUGCUGCUGUCCUGGGGGCCGCCUCUGCCGCCCGCCGCCUCGGCCUCGGCCUCGGCCUCCCCUCAGCGCUACACCCCCGACUGGGCCAGCCUGGACUCGCGGCCGUUGCCGUGCUGGUACGACGACGCCAAGGUCGGCGUGUUCGUGCACUGGGGCGUCUUCUCGGUGCCGGCCUGGGGCUCCGAGUGGUUCUGGUGGCACUGGCAGGGCGCGCGCCUGCCCGACUACGACCUCUUCGUGCGCUCGCGCUUCCCGCCCGGCACCACCUACGCCGACUUCGCCCCCCGCUUCACCGCCAGGGACUUCCAGCCGGAGCAGUGGGCGAGCCUCUUCAAGGAGGCCGGCGCCAGAUAUGUGGUGUUUACGUCAAAGCAUCAUGAAGGCUUCACCAACUGGGGGUCCCCCGUGUCCUGGAACUGGAAUUCGGUAGAUAUGGGACCCCAUCGAGACUUAGUGGCUGAACUGGGGGAUGCUCUCAGAAAAAGGAACAUACACUAUGGACUGUACCAUUCCCUCUUGGAAUGGUUUAAUCCACUGUAUUUAUUGGACAAAAAAAAUUGCUUCAAGAGCCAGUUUUUUGUCUCUGAGAAGUCUAUGCCAGAGCUUUAUGAACUUGUUUUAAGGUACAAGCCAGAUCUCAUUUGGUCUGAUGGAGAGUGGGAGGCCCCUGAUACUUACUGGAACUCAACCUCUUUCCUUGCCUGGCUUUACAACGACAGUCCAGUCAAGGACACUGUUGUGGUGAACGAUCGAUGGGGCAUCAAUUGUUCCUGCCACCACGGAGGCUUCUAUAACUGUCAAGAUAAAUACAAGCCUGGCAUUUUGCCUUCUCACAAGUGGGAGAUGUGUAGCUCUGUUGACAAGCAUUCCUGGGGGUAUCGAAGCAACAUGCAAAUCAGUGAACUCAUGGAUGCGGCCUCCAUCAUUCAGGAACUUGUGCAGACUGUGAGUUAUGGCGGAAACUACCUUCUCAAUGUGGGGCCCACGAAAGAAGGGGUGAUCGCUCCAAUCUUCCAAGACAGGCUCCUGGCGCUUGGGCAGUGGCUGAGCAUAAACGGGGAGGCCAUUUAUGAAUCGAAGCCAUGGAGAGUACAAAAGGAGAACAGCACUGAGAACACCUGGUACACUUCAAAGGGAGCAACAGUCUAUGCUAUCUUCUUGAAGUGGCCACAAGACAGCAUGGUGAUACUUUCAUCACCUGUCCUCUCUGCAAGCAUUCAAGUGACUAUGCUGGGGUUCUCCAAUCCUUUGAAGUGGCAGAUAUUACCAGAGAAAGGACUGCAGGUCGUGCUGCCGUUGACGACUCCUUCACUUCUCCCUCUGCAGCACGGCUGGACUCUCAAGCUAGUUGGAGUAGAAUGAUGAUGAAGCUGGAGGGGAAUUGAGAAAUUCUUGUUAUGCUUUCUUUCUCUCUCUCUCAAAGACGGAAGUGUUGAUGCUGCUGCUGCUGUAAUUAGUGGCAGGAAUAGAUUUGGAAUGUGGUGGGUCUAAAUGACAGGAUCUGCAGUUAAAAUGAAAACUUUGCCUGUUAUCAAUCCUCAGCUCUUGCAUUUUAAUAGAGAAGGACUGGGUGAUGGGCAUCCUUCCAGCAGGAUUUAACUCGCCUGAUACACGUGACCAAAACUCUGCUGUAUUAUGUUAAACAUCACUUACAUGGAGUGAGAACAGUCUCCGUUGAGUUCUCAGGGAAAUAUCUUCGGCUGUUUCGAGUUUCACUGAGUGGGACAAAACUUGAGUACGGGAUAGCAGCUUGGCUUUGUUGAAUUGGAGCAGGUCUCCACUACAAAUUUUUUUUUACCAGCCAGCUCAGGAUGCAAAUCUGCUUAGACGUAAGAGACACCUGUGCCUAAGAUCUUUCUUGUACGUGCUUUAGAUGGUGAUAAGCUUUUUUGCCAAGUGUAAGCCGCUCCGAGAGCCUUUUUUGGCUGAGGAGUGGGGUAUAAAUAUGAUAAAUGAAUAAAUAAGCUCAAAAGCUUCCACAAA